AUGAGACACCCUUCUCUCACUGGGCUGAUUCUCAGUCUGCAACCUCUCGUUGCACACUGCGCUCUGAUCAACCCGGACAUCCGAGCGGACACGAACCGUGAUGGCGUGGUUGAUCUGACAGGCGACUCGGAUGCAAUCAACAAGGCUGUUUGGAGCGAUGCGAGAGGCGCCAUCUUUCUCCCCAACGUUGGUGACAAAGAGUUGCGCUGUUCCAACACCGAUCGCAACGGAAUGCCCUUGAGCAACGAGGAGCUGUCCUGGUGCAAUGACGCAUCAGGCCAUCUUCUGCUUGCUCCAGAGUAUCUUGCUCCUCUCAGGACUGUCCCUCUUGCCAACAUAUCAGAUGAUGCUUUCGCGCAUGUCUACGCUACUCCUCGUGAAGCAUAUGAAAGGGUCCGUAUCUUUUAUUUGGAAGAUGCGCAGCAACCAAACUCGACAACUUCUUGGAGGCUGGUGAACAAGCAGCUCAACUUCAACGCAACCCAGCUGCGAGAUGGCCUGGUUCUCGGAAUCGACGGCCGCGAAUUUGUUACCGAGGCUGAAGUCUGGGAUGGCCAUGUUACCGUCCACUUUGACGUAUACAACACGCCUGGUUUCAAAAACUACGUUCGCGACUCGGUCGCUCUCAAGGUGGCCCCAGUCCUUACCCAUCACCCGCUCCAGCGUGUCGAGACACUCGUCAGCACAUUCGCAAACGACUCUGAGCCCAUUCAGCAGUACUUUGUUCAACAGCUGGAUGAUGCUCGCUCCGUCGCCGGUAUUGAGAACCCUCUGUGGUUGUUCAAUCAGUCCUCUGAUAUCUGGGCCCAGGAUAUUGUUGAGCCAGCUUAUGCAAGCAUGCCAGGCCCUAAUGGCCCCAUUGCUAUCCGAAUCAUGCUUCGAUCAGCGCAGUCCACUCGAACUGGUGGUCGUCAAGUCUUUGAACAGCUUCGAGGCCCCGGCAUCGGCGGGUUUCAACCGGCAGAUGGUCCAGGAAUCGGCUUUUCAUCUUCUGGGUUUGGCUACCAUACUAUCAACAGCUACGGCAACCUUGAGACUAUUCCUCCUCACCGUAGCAAGGAUGGCACUCUCUACAAAGCUGGUCGAGUCAUUCAAGGCAAGCACUUUGAAGAGUUUCCGGCCCAAGCUGUCCGGAACCUCAUUUUUGGUAAUGGAGUGCAAUCGACCCUUUUCCUGGAGACUGGUUGGUUGGUAGUCGGGCACGUCGAUGAAUUUGUCCAAUUCUUGCCUUUUGACAACGACUUGGGCUUCACUAUUGGAAUCGCCAGUCCAGAUGUCGGCAUCAAGAUCUUGAGCGAUGCUCAAGCUGCAGGCCACGGCAACGCGUCAGCCAUCAGCUUCGAUGCUCAGCCCCAGAUUGAACGUUUCGAUGCCGAGGAGCCGCCUUUCUUGAACUUGUCCGUUUCCAAUCUCUUGGAUAACAAGACGUUUAUCGAGGUGAACAGAUACGCCCAGAAAUGGAUCGAUUACAACCUCGAUAUUCUCUUGUCCGAGAUUCCUCUUGACAGGGAGGAUGUCGUCCACGUCCCUGCGCUCUACCGUGACCAAUCUGGGUAUGGACCUUGGAUCCGACCUGAUGGACUGGACUACUACUGGCCCCCAGUCCACAAAGAUGAAUAUCAACUGGGUGCCUUUAUUCCGGCACCGAUCAACGGCAUUGUUAUUGGAAAUCACUACUUGAGUCCUAACCCAUUUGGCCCGAUUAUCAACGGUGUUGAUGUUAUCGCUCAUGCGGUUACAGAAGCGUACGCCCGUACUGGGAUGAACGUCACGUUUGUCGAUGAUUAUUAUAGCCACCAUAUGCGUGGUGGUGAGAUUCACUGCGGGUCCAACACCCUGAGGGAAACUGAUGUGGAAUGGUGGCAGUAG